AUGGUUGAACAGUACAAAUGCCUGGUCGUCGGCACCCCAAGUCCAAGGCUGCAGACGAUUGAGACUUUUUCUAGCUUGACCAAGAUGCUCUCUUCCCUGUUCAAUGUCGCCGCUCUGGCCCUUGUGGCCGAUGUAGCCUCUGCCGCUGCUGUUAGCUCUGCCAGUAGAGUCUCAGACUCCAAGAUUGCCGGCUCGACCACCAGCGAUGUCUUCCCUCCCACAGGCAGUAAGUAA